UUUAUUAUCAGGUGGUGAUAAGAUCGUAGGAAAAAUUGUCCCAUCUCUCUCUUUCAUGAUCUUCUCCUUCGCCAAAAUCCCUCCUUUUCCGGUCACUAAUACGAUAUUUAAUUCAUAAUCACCAUGUCUUCUGCUGCUACCGAUAAUGUGAACGGCGUUGAUGAGACAGUCCUCACCCUGCGCAAAGUUCUUACUUCUGAGUCCGAGCCCCUCGCUCGCCGGUUCCGCGCCCUUUUCUCUCUCAAGUACCUCGCUUGCCUGCAGCCUCCCACUGAAAAGACCCUGCCCGCCAUCCAAGCCAUCGCCGCUGGUUUCUCCUCCAAGUCGGCUCUCCUGAAGCAUGAGCUGGCUUACUGUCUCGGUCAGACCCGCAACCCUGAUGCCGUCUCGUACCUCCAGCAGGUCCUGAAGGAUACGGAAGAAGACGCCAUGUGCCGCCACGAGGCUGCGGAAGCUCUCGGUGCUCUCGGUUACGAGGACAGUCUCGAGAUCCUCAAGGCCCUAAGAGAUGAUGAGAAGGAGCUUGAUGUUGUCCGCGAAACUUGCGACAUCGCGGUGGACCGUAUCAUCUGGGAGAACUCUGAGGAGAGGAAGGCUGAGAAGUUGAAGCCUAGUGACUUCACUUCCAUCGACCCGGCCCCGCCACUUCCCAUGGCCGCCGAACAACCUUCCAUUCCCGAACUGGAGAAGACCCUGCUCGACACGAAACUUCCUCUGUUCCAGAGAUACCGCGCCAUGUUUGCCCUGCGCGAUCUUGCCUCGCCUCCGGAUUUGCCCACGGCUGUCCAGGCCGUCGAGGCCUUGGCCAAGGGUCUCAAGGAUCCUUCUGCUCUUUUCCGUCACGAGGUCGCAUUCGUCUUCGGUCAACUAUGCCAUCCUGCCUCCGUGCCUUGUCUUACGGAGACGCUCAGCGACCAGACAGAGAUGGGUAUGGUGCGACAUGAAGCCGCCGAAGCUCUUGGCAGUUUGGGCGAUGUGGAGGGCGUCGAGGAUACAUUGAAGAAGUUCUUGAACGAUCCGGAGCAGGUGGUAAGAGACAGCAUCAUUGUGGCGCUUGAUAUGGCGGAAUUCGAGAAGAGCGGGGAAGUCGAAUACGCCCUGGUGCCAGAUUCGGCGGUCCCUGCUGCGGUAUCUGCUUGAUUGAUGAAUUAUGCGAACAAAUAUAUUACAAUGUCGGGUAAAUAGUUGCUUUCAUGCCUCAUAGAUGUACAAAUGCGGGCCAAAAAA